AUGGUUGACUUGACUCUGCUUGAUGCCAGUGCUACACGUGAAGACUUCACUGUUGGUAUGUCCGGCCGAGUGUCGAGCACCAAAUCAGGUAUACAAAUCAAUCCCAUACUUGACGCGAUUCUUCACCGUACCAUGUGCCGUUUCCAUUUCGUGUUCCGCAAAAUCAUAAUCGGCGAAUGGUUGAAAUUGUUAUAUCCGAGUAUUCCGUCAACAGCAUGCUGUAUCUCGCCCACAGGUACAUAA